UCAAGCGCGCUAGCAGUGAACGAUGCUGCGUCACGCAACACCAACGAAGCAGCUCACCAAACCGGCCACGAAUUCGAUCUCAAGCAAAAGGCUGGCGGCCACGGGCGGCGAAUCACCGGAGAAAUGCUAGAUGGUUUCCAGCGAGACUCCUUCGUUUCCAAGGCUCCUCCUCCCCUCCCCUACCUGCACUACCUGCAGCCUCAGACCCGCGCUGCAUAUAUAUAACACCCCAAGCGAUCUCGUCCCCUCCAUAUCCACGAUCCGGCCAACACGCUGCCUCCACAGCUUCUUCCUCAGCUGCACUCGCAAGCAAUCCGUCUCGUCGUUCCACUACCAAGAACUAACGAAGCAAAUGGCGGCCACUCUGAAGCUCAGGAUCCUCACCGUGGCCGCGGCGGCCGCCGUCAUCGCCUCGUCCCUGGUCGGCACGGCCUCAGCGGCUGAGGGGCCGGCGCCCGCUCCGACGUCCGGCGCGUCCAUGGCCGCGCCGGCUCUUGCCGCUGCGUCCUUCACCGCACUUGUCUUCGGCUACCUCUUCUAAACGUGCUUGACGAUCGCGCAUGCACACCGUGUUGUGCCAAAUUGUUUGCCUGCUCAGAUUUUCUCCUUUUUUUUCUCGUGUUUUGGUGUGUAUGGGUAUGUAAUUAUGUGUUCAUCUAUUUUAUCAUGAUUAUGAAUCUUGUAAUUAGUGCAUGGAUAUAUGUAUAGAGAGCUGCAGUUUGGUUAUUUUUACACUGUUGAGAAAUGCUAAUUGGAGAACUCUUGGAAUCAA